AUGUCAUUUCAAAAUCAAUUUAAAUUAGAUAUAAGGGUACCACCUAAAGUAAGAAAUAAUGCAAAAUAUAAGGAAAUCUCACAAAGAUUUCAGUAUGCCCUUGUAGAAUAUGAUGAGACUUUUAAAAAGCAUAAAUAUACCACAGAUACACAUCGUGAAUGUAGAGGUUUAAACUACUUUUUAGAUGAUUUAAGAGAUGAAUUCAAUAAAUAUAUUGUUUCUUCACUGCCUCUACAAGAAAGAGAAAACUACUGGAACAGAGAAGUGGAAGAUAAAUUGUUGAAAAAUUUACAAGAAAAAACAAAAGGUAGUUGUGCCAGAAACCCUACACAUUAUAAUAAAGAAAUAAGAAUAUUAAGAAAAGAAAUUGAAGAUUAUUGUGAUGAAAAAGCUGAAUUAGUUGGCAGAUUGAAUACUCUAAAUAUAAAUGAACACGAAAAAUGUGAAAGAUUUAAAUAUUGGAUGAUUGACAGCUUGGUGUAUUUUUGGAAUGACUAUUACUGGAGAAAAUAUAUUACAUAUAGUUCUAUGAUUGAAACUUUUCGCAUUGAUGCUAAUUAUGAUGUUGUCACCUUGUUUGAUAGCCCUUUCCAGUGUGAACGUGGCAGAACUUUUAGGGAACAUAUUCCAGCACAUAUUCGACAUAAAUACAAAACUGAUGAUGAAUAUAUUCCUCCUUCUAAUAUAGUACCAACAAAUCAGAAAGAUGUAACUAUUCUCCAAAGCAAAACAGCAACAUCUUAUGUAGAGCAAGAAUAUAAAGAAAAUAAAAAUUAUGAUAUUCCACAAUUGGGAGAAGCUCCAGUUAUCCCUGAUUCAUUAUAUUUUUAUAAAACUUCUACAAGUGCAAAUAGUCAAAGCACAAAAGAUCCAGGUAAAAAACGUAAAGCAGUAAAAAAUGAAUAUAGAGGAAUUCAACGUAGUCAAAUAGAUGUCACUAAACCUAUAGAUCAACAACAAAAACCAGAAUUUCUUUUUUCAUUACAGAAUACUGUUGUUUCUCCCGCUUCUGUUCCUGUUGCUUCUUCUGCUGCAGUUCAUUCUCAACUUUCAAAUAAUAAUGUUGUAGAUAAUUCAUUAACGGUAGGUUCUGCAGGAUACCCACAAGUCAAAAAUAUACAAAUACAAGCAAGUGGAGAUCAUAUGCAAAAUUCACUUCAUACUAGCUCAGGACAUAAUUCGCUACCUACUGAAAACAAAUCUAAGAGUGCACCUGAAGAAGAUACGUCUAUAUUUCAAUACUCUUCUGUUAUCCCAGUUCUUGUAGGCUUUAUCACAUUUAUUUUCCUUCUUAAACACGAUAAUUUAGAAGAUACCAAGGAUGACAUUCAUUAUAAAUAUAUAAUGUACAGACGAGGAAAACGUAUAUGUUCUCCAAAAAAAAAAAGAAAUCUAAAGAAAACCAUUAUAGAUAUACACUUGGAAGUAUUAGAUGAAUGUCAGAAAGAUCAAUGGGAAUUGAACAAAAGAGAUUUUCAAGAAAUAAUCCUGGAUGAGUUUAUGAAAGACGCAAAUAUAGUAUGUAGUCAUUCAUCAUACAAUGAUUCCAUAAUAACAAAUAUGUGCAAUAGUGAAGAAAUAGGAAAAGAAAAAAUUCUCUGGGUAAACUGGAUAGAAAGAAAUAAAGGUACUUUGGAAGAGUGCAAAAAUGAAAUUUGGUUUAAUAUGUUAAAAAGUGAAUGGAAACAAGCACAGCAUGAAUAUUUCCGAAAAAUAGAAGAAUCAAAAGAGAGUGAAUUAAAUGAAAGGAAAAAUAUCCCAUUAUUAGAAAUCCAAAAAAACAUUUGGAGACAGUGGGUGUCGAAGCAGCAUAAACUUAUGGAAAUGUACAGUGAAAAAGAUUGGUUUAUGCAUUUGUUGAAAUGCGUAGAAGAAGAACCAAACGUAUUAGAAACGGAAAACUCUAAUGAAAAGGUUUCAUUGAUAAAUUUGGAAGAAUUAGAGAAGCAAAAAUUAUAUCAACAAUUAUAUAAGAAAAAACAAGUAACAGCAAAAUUAUGGAUGCUUAUACUGGCAUUGGUAGUAGAAGAAUGCGAAAUUGAAGAUAACACUAAUGACAAAGAAUUAUAUUUGGACAGUUUCUUACAAAUUUUGAAACCAAAACGGURUUCUGGUGAAAAAAGAUAYAAUUCUGAAAARAUAUGCGAAUCAAASGACAUUUUMGAAGGAAACAAAAAUGAUGAAACAGAGAAGUACAAAAAUGAAGAGUUGUUUUGCAAAUUGAAYGAUGAWUGCAUAAACGACGAUGAUGAUACAUGUAUAUUAGCUAACAAAAAUGARCUGGAUAAAUCAGAACUAAUGWUAGAAAACGAYACUUCACUAUUUAAUGAGGAUAYAAAUAAGAUCCHCAAGGAUAACKUACAAAUGGAAUCCACAGAGGAUAAYAGCGAAUCAGAUUUCUUAAAUGCUUCGACAAAUAAUGAGCAAAARKUCGAAGAAGAAAUAUAA